GACACCUUUAGCUUUAUUUCCUGAUCUCACAGCCUCUCCUACGGUGCUGUCCCAGCCAGUGGAUCAGGGAGAAAUGCAGCAGACAGGACUCACCCUCAUGACCUUGGCUGUCUGUGUCGCUCUUAGAAACUCUGAAGCCAUACUUCCCAUUGCUUCCAGCUGUUGCACUGAGGUUUCACAUCACAUUUCCAGAAGACUUCUGGAAAGGGUGAAUUCAUGUCGCAUCCAGAGAGCUGAUGGGGACUGUGACUUGGCAGCUGUCAUCCUUCACAUCAAACGCAGGAGAAUCUGCGUCAGCCCACACAAUCACACCAUUAAGCAGUGGAUCAGAGCACAAGCAGCCAAGAAAAAUGGCAAAGGCAAAGUCUGCCAGAAGAAACACCACCAGAGGAACCGCAAAGUGGUGCACGGGGAUAAACAGGAAGCACGUGGCCUCUGAACUCCUCAUCAGAGAGUUUGCAGAUGUUUCCACACAGGGGAUUCCUCAAGGCGCUUGGCUGUGGUUGGUUAUAAAUUUAUCAUCUGAAUUUUUCUUAUGGAAAGCAUACAAUACAAAAAAAAAUGUUUUUCUUUUUGUAAAUGAACCACUGCAUGGUAUGGAAAGGUAGCCAAUAAUACACUAACCAAAAAAAA